CUGGGGAAGGGGAGACGCGGGGCCAAGAGUGACCAUGAUGAAAUUAGUGCAGUGGCUUUGGGGACUGGCGAUCCUGGGCUCCACCUGGGUGGCCCUGACCACGGGAGCCUUGGGCCUGGAGCUGCCCUUGUCCUGCCAGGAAGUCCUGUGGCCACUGCCUGCCUACAUGCUGGUGUCCACCGGCUGCUAUGCCCUGGACACUGUGGGCUGUCAUGUGGCCACUUUUCAUGACUGCGAGGAUGCCACACGCAAGCUGCAGAGCCAGAUACAGGAGGCCCAAGCCGACUUAGCCCGCAGCGGGCUGCGCUUCUGACAGCCUAACCCCAUUCCUGCCCGGACAGCCCUUCCUCCCAUUCCCCAUUACAGAGCCAGUGUAUUUUCUAAA